GCUGCUUGAGUCACGUGACGCACCGCCUUCUAUCCAGCAGUAUCAACAUGGCAGCGUGCAGCGUGUUUAAACCAGGACUGUUCAGUAACAAAGUAGCGAUAGUCACAGGAGGCGGGACGGGCAUCGGCAAGGCGAUCACUUCAGAGUUAUUACAUUUAGGAUGCAGCGUGGUUAUUUCAUCUAGGAAGCUGGAGCGUUUGCAGAUGGCCGCCGAAGAGCUGACAGGGAGAAUCCCACCAGACAGUCCAGCGAGAGUGACAGCUUUGCAGUGCAACAUCCGUAACGAAGAUGAGGUGAAGAAUUUGGUUUCCUCCACUUUGAAACUUCAUGGCAAAAUUGACUUCUUGGUCAACAACGGAGGGGGGCAGUUCUCCAGUCCAGUAGAACACAUGACUGCCAAGGGCUGGAAGGCAGUCAUCGAUACCAACCUGACGGGAACUUUCUACUGCUGUCAGGAAGUAUAUAAGGCCUGGAUGAAGGAACAUGGUGGAGCAGUUGUCAAUAUCAUUGCUGACAUGUGGAAGGGUUUCCCUGGGAUGGCGCACACAGGAGCAGCGAGAGCAGCUGUGGACAAUUUGACCAAGAGCCUGGCCAUCGAGUGGGCAGCCAGUGGCGUGAGGGUGAACGCCAUAGCACCGGGAACAAUCAUUUCUAAAACCGCGAUGGCGAACUACAAAGAAGCUGGGCCUACUUUAUUUAAGAUGUCUUUGGCCUUCAGUCCAGCCAAGAGAGUAGGAGUUCCGGAAGAGAUCUCCCCAGCUGUGUGCUUCCUGCUGUCACCGGCGGCUUCCUACAUCACCGGGGCAACACUGAGGGUGGACGCUGGACAGAGCCUCUACCACUCCUUGUGGAACAUUCCAGAUCACAAUGCCUGGCCUGAUGCACCGGAGGGAGAAAGCACAGAAACUCUGAGGGAGAUUAUGAGCGAUAAAUCCAAGCUGUGAGCUCUGGAGCUGAAGUCCCUCACCUCGGAAAGGAGAGACUUGCAGCCAUAAAAUCAUCACAGUAAUCCUGAACUGAUUUACCAUGAAUUCAUCUGUGUUCCAUGACCGCUUGUACAGUACAGGGUCACGGUGGUGUCUGUAGAGGCUGGAGAUACUCAUCCACAAUAGGUAGUUUUGCGGUUCGUCUUUGGAAGCUGGGAAUACCAAGAGAAAUUUUGGGAAGAUCAUACUCCACACGCCAGAAUUGAACCCACAACCUCUGAGGCAUUACUCCACAGUGCUAACCAAUAAGUUGCCUUUCCACUAUUAAUGCAUUCUUUAAUUUUGUUUGUUGUGUGAAAAAUAAAUAAAGAGAAUUACCUGAAAAUGUA